CGUCGUUCUGCUGGUGAGCCCUCAGUUCAGUAGUCAGAGCGCCGCGCCAGUCUUCGACGAGCUAUCCGCCGACUAUCAGCCAAUGCCGCUUCGGGCCGUUUCGACAUCCAGCUACCGGGACACUUUCGGGCUGACUUGUAUUGUCGGCUUCCGUUGCUAUACUUGCGCAUCUUCACGUGAUUUAAUCACUUCUAGCACAAAUCUGAAAGAUUCGAGGUUUCGUUUAAUUGAGAAAAAAGGACAACUACCUUACGAAGAGUGGAAACGACGGAAGUGCUGUGCCACCGGCAUCAAGUAGUUGAGUUGAUAUCGCGUUAAUUCCAUUUUAUACUUUUUCCUGAAGUCUCACUAAUAUUUUUUAUUUUAUUCAAUACUGUCUGUCAUUUGUACCUUUAUCACGUUUGACGUUGAGCCGUGACAGGCCUACUAGUGGGGGUUGAAAACUCCCGGUAACCGCGUGGACAGAUAGGUAUAAAGAGAAAGAACGAGAGAAAGGGAUUGGAGUAAACAGUGAAUUAAUAAUAAAGAAUACCGAAAAAGUUCCAUUUUAAAAGUGAAGUGAGGAGGAAGAGAUAAGAUUAAAAAAUAUUGAAGAAAGUAGAGAGCAAGCAAUAAGUGACUGAGGCUUUCUAUUUCCUUCAGCGAGACGGUUUUGCGGUUCGUGGCCCUGUUAGAGGGUUUCUCUCGGUCGUGGCCUCCCUCGACGUCGGGUCUCCUCCUUGUCAAACGUGAGACGUCUAUCUCUUUUGCCAUCACGCGUUAGUGCAGUCAGUGAUCGUGCUUAUUAUACAUCUUAUUGAAACAACAUUAAAUAAUAAUUCAUAAAAUUAAACUGCAUCAUCUUGGCGAUCAUUAACGAUCGCAUAAAAGUUCUGCAAAGGACGACGAAAGUGUGUCAGUUCAUCGUGGUAAUGCCUCGUAGAUCAGUGAACCAGUUAGCUGGUAAGGAAGCAGGCGGUGUAAACCGAAAACGCUGACGAGACCAGUCCCCACUGGGCCCGGUCCAGGCCAUGAUCGGCCCGCCAACCCAGAGGGCACGCACCCAGCAGCGUCGUAGUCGCUAUCGUCAACCGGCAGAGCCGGUCGACAAAGAAGAUAAGGUAUCUUCUUCAUCAUCAUCUUCGUCAUUAUCGUCAUCACUACCAACAUCAUCAUCAUCCUUGUCUUCAUUUGGCGUACAGAGAGUUUGGUUUGCUACCGCUCAAGAAGAGACUAACUGCUGCUGGCUGCCGAUCGUGGAUGACGAAGACGACGCUGUUAGUUACAGAACCAGGAAGUGUUAUUCUACUGAUAACAGAACGAGACCACAAGGAAGACGACGUGCAGGAGCACGAAAUCAUUCAAUCUUUCUUCUUUUUGCUACCGCUGCGACCUUCUUUGCACUUUUACUUCCUCCAGUAAUGGGAGCGACGAGCGAUAGUAUAGAGGAGGAAACGACGAGUUCAGCAUCAACAGUAGUAACUGCAACAGCAGUGACUGUCGUUAAAACGAGAGCUGGAAGCGAACUGGGGGGUAGUAUAGACCUUCUAGCAGCUUUGCAACUGCACAAUACAACACGGCAGGGUGUAACACAAGUACCUGGCCUCGUCAGACUGAAACCAGCAUAUUAUCUUCAAGGCGAGGAGAGGGACCUUCAACUAAGUCAGGCGAACUUUGAACGAGCAGCUGCAUUACUCCGGCGGGUUCCGGAGUUUACUGUUGCUGCUUCUCUUCGACAAGAAGAGGCUAAUUCCGGAACAAUUAUAGCCUUUUCUCAUGGUAAUAAUAGGUACUUGGAGCUGCAGAGCAGCGGUCGAAAAGACGAACUUCGUCUUCAUUACGUAUCACGGCGAGAUGGUGCCGUACAUGUGGAGGCCUUUCCUUUCCGUCUUGCUGAUGGAGUGUGGCACAAGGUCGCUUUGAGUAUCAGUGGCUCGCAGGUCGAGCUUCUAGUCGACUGCCACCCUCUUUACAGACGUCUUUUAAGGCCUGGACCACCAGACACCAAUUUUACUUUGCCACAACUUCAACUUUGGGUUGGUCAGAGAAAUGCCAAACACUUUCUCUUCAAGGGGGCCCUACAAGAUGUUAAACUAAUCCCAGGUGCUCAUGGCUAUUUGUCCCAAUGUCCUCAACUUGAUACAUCCUGUCCUACCUGUGGUCAAUUUUCUAUUCUUCAAAAUACAGUAGAACAGCUCAUGCACAAUUUAAACGAAUUGACUCACAGGCUAGCUGCUGCAGAAGGUAGAAUAAGCAAAGUGGAAGAGUGUGAGUGUCAAAAGUCCUGCAGUGCAAAUGGAACGACUCACGAAGAUGGUUCAACAUGGGAAAAAGGCUGUGAACGUUGUUCGUGUGUUCAUGGAGAAAUUGAAUGUAAACCUACGCCUUGUGCACCCGUUAAUUGCAAACAUCCAGUUAUACCUCAGGGCCAGUGUUGUCCAAUCUGCCUAAAGGAAUGUUAUUUACAUGGAGUAAUUUAUGACCAUGGAGAAAAAGUACGACCCAAACAGUGUGUUGAAUGUGACUGCUUUGAUGGUAGUUUCACUUGUCAUCGGUUUGAUACUGAAACUCGAUGCCCACCGUUGCCUUGUCCACCAAAUGAGCAAAUCACUGUGGCUGAAGAAUGCUGCAAAUUUUGUCCAGGAGUGGAUUACUGUGCAAAAGGCCAUAAUUGUCAUGUAAAUGCAUCCUGCCUAAAUCUCCAGACGACUUAUGCCUGCCACUGCAAUAUCGGUUUCCAAGGAGAUGGCCCAAAUUGUCACGACGUUGACGAAUGUAAACAACAAGGUGGACUAGAAGGACACCAUUGCAAUAAAAAUACUCGGUGUGUUAACGUUAUUGGUUCGUACACGUGCGAGUGUCUUCCUGGUUACCAAAGGGUCGAUAAAUUCAACUGUGCUGAACUGGACGAAUGUACGACUGGUCAGCACUCGUGUUCUGAACAUGCGACUUGUGUCAAUACGCCUGGUAGCUACUACUGUAUUUGCAAAGAUGGAUAUACCGGAGACGGCUACACUUGCAAACCGGUAUGUAAUCAAACCUGCCAAAAUGGAGGAGAAUGUAUAGCGCCUGGCAGAUGUUCUUGCCGACGAGGUUACAUUGGUAACAGCUGUGAGCUUGAUCUAGAUGAGUGCGCGAGUGAUCUGCACAGAUGUCAUCAAUCUUCGACCUGCUUCAAUAUGCCUGGUUGGUAUUAUUGUCGUUGCAAGCCUGGCUACAGAAGUGCGCUUCAUGAUGGUACUCAAGGUACUCAGUGCGUUGACAUUGACGAGUGUAAUGAUCAGACACUUGAGAGAAAACACACCUGUCAUCCAACCGCCAAAUGCAUCAACACUGAUGGUGGAUACGAGUGUGCUUGCCCGCCAGAGGAGUCUCAUCCAGAGAAAGAAUGUCGAUUAAGUUGCUGGUAUGAAGAUCAUGAAGUAAAAAAUGGAGAUACUUUUGCUCCAGUUGAAAAUCCGUGCAGACAGUGCACUUGUAAAGAUGGAGUGAUCACCUGUAGAGAUCCUAUUUGUGAUUGUAGUGCUCCAAGCAGCCGCAGAGACAAGUGUUGUCCUCAAUGUGAUCCUGCCGCCUCAUGCCGGCAUCAGGAGCUUCAUCAUUUGGUCUUUAGGAGUGGAGAACGAUGGAUAUAUCAAUGUCAGACCUGCGAGUGCCUGUAUGGUGAAAUCGACUGCUGGCAAAUGGAAUGUCCUCCUAUAACAUGUAGCAAUCCAGUAACAGAAGAUGGAGAUUGUUGUCCACGUUGUGAAGAUGAUCCGUGUGCGAGAGAAACCCACACAAAUAGUACUUCAUUAUCAUCAUCAAGUCAUCCACAACCAUGCAGUUAUGCUGGUAUAAUUCAUGAAAGCGGUAGCGCCUGGCAGGACCCGCACGAUAAAUGCACCACGUGCGAGUGCAAGGUGCCGUACUGCGCCCAAUUGGACGGUCAAUUAUGCUGUAGUUACGAUUACGGUUGUGCUGGUGAUGUUGGAGUUCAGCAGCAGCAACAGCGCACAACCGCUAUUAGCAAGUUUGAUCUUGCUUCUAUGUCAAGCAAUCCGAGCACUUCGAGCGAAAAUCUCGCUUCACCGGAAGCAGCAGUAUCAACGAUUGGAUCAUCAUUUAGUGCUGGUACACUGUCAGAAUCAAGUGAAGACAGCAUCAAUGAAUAUUCCACAAUGGAUUCACGAGUUGAUAAGCUUGUGUAUUCAGAAACAUCAUCAUCAACGCCGAAUUUGGCAAAGACUUCGUUGCCCCCACGAAAGCGCAGCGAUCCCGAGAUUAAUGGCUUUGAGCAGCCACACAAUAUCGCGAGGAAACUCAGCUCUUUCUCCAAGGCACAGUCGAUUCGUCGGAGCCAGACUGGCAGCCGCACCUUGGUGGCGAUAUCCCCGAAUAAAGAUACAAGAAAAAAUUCUUUGUCUAUGGGAAAACGAAAUAACAUGGUUAGAUCCAAUUAUUUGGCAUCCCCUCAACUCGUCGGAAGUAACGACGCCACUUGAACAAUCACUUGAUAGUCGCGUCGAUGUAUCGACGAGUUAGAUGGAUAACAAGGACACGAGUUAAGGCAUUCCAAGGAUUAAGAAUCAAGUGUUGCAUCUCAACUUCAAGCGGCCUUGCAACUAAUGUGCACGAAAGAAGAAUUUGAGAAAAUAAAGAGAAAAGUAAUGGUGAUUUUUCGAUGACAAGGAAGAUCAUUUUUUUAUGAAUCUCACAAUGAUAUUGAUAAUGACGAUGAUGAUAAUUGAUGAUGUUAAUGAUGAAUUUCUUAUUUAUAAUUCUUUUUUAUUGGAUUAAUAAUCAAGCGUUAAUAUCUUGAAAUAUAUUUCGUGAUACAAUGGAAAAUUACAAAAGUUCACCAAUAAACACAAGCACAUUGUCGUACACGAAAGUUGAAAUUCUAAUAACAAAUAAAAAAAAAUUACAUUAAAUAUCAGAGUACGUGCAUUUGUACAGUACUUAUUAUUAUGAUUACAAUUAUUACUAUUAUUAUUAUUACAAUUAUUAUUAUUAUUAUUAUGAUAACAUACUUUAAUUUAAUAUCUUUUCGUUGAUUACCUCAACUAAGAACAGAAGAGUUACUUAUAACAUUGACAGGGAAUACGAUCGUUACAUCGGCGGUGCACAGGACAAAUGUAAUUUGGAUUGAAUUUUUGCAAGUUGAUUUUGAUACUCAUAUUUUAAUAAACCACAUAGCAAAUGAAUAAAUAAAUAUAAUAAUAGAAUAAUAAAUCAAUAACUUAACGAAUCAUUAUCAAUUAUUCAUUAAAGGAAACAACAAUUUUGUAAUUCAUAAUUUUGUUGUGAUUUAUUUAAAAAUGGAGAUUAUAGAAAUUAAAAAUAAUAAAAAAAGAGAGAUAUUAUUGAUAAAUUUAUAAAUUUUUGUGCCGGCCGAUGAACGUGCCGAGCUUCUCCGAUUGGUUCCUUGAUUGCAUUGGUCCUAUUCAAUCCAUCGCGAUAAUUACGACUACAUUCCUCUUUAAUUAACAAAUAAGUAGGCACUAAUGAAUGAAAUACAUAUGAGUAUAGAAAAAAAAUAAAGUAAAAAGAGUAAUAAAAGUAAAUAAAAGUAAAGAGAAUAUAAAGUAAUGUAUGGACUUACGAGCAGUGUGGCUGUCCAGGAAUAGGGAUAUCAAAUUAAAAUUUAAAAAAAAUAAUAAUUAUGUAUUAUAUGGCAAUGCGUGGCUCGGAAUUUAUUGUAGAUUAUGCAAAAUGAAAAAUAAAAAAUUAAGUGAAUGAAAUUUCUAAAUUAAGAUGAAAACUAAUAAGUAAAACAUCUUUUGCAAUAUGCAAUUAUCAGUAAUCGUUUGUUACAUGUGCAAUAAUUUUUAAUGAUAAUAUACUGCUUGAUUUAUAAUCAACUAAUUUAUAAAAAUGAAAAAAAAUUAUUGAAAAAAACGUCGAGUUUGAUGAGUCAUUAAAGUACUAUACGAAAUAAAGAAACAUUGAAAAAGCAAAGACAGCAGCGAGUAGUUAAUGUCAGUCAUUGUUUAAAGGGUCUCAGGGUCGAUCUUGAAUGAUUUUAAUCUAUCACGUCGAUUCAAAUAUAGAGAUUAAAGUCUUCUUCUAGAGGUAUAUUUCUAGUCAUUCAUUUAACAAAAUGAGAACCGAUACAUUAUUGUCACGACUGACAAUUAAAUUAUUAAGAAUAUCGGAGAUUAAAUAUUCAUUUUGACUUACUGCAAUUAAACUAGACAAUAUGCGUAUGAAAGAGUGAACAGUGAAUUUAAUAAUUUAGAAAAUGAAUAAAAAUCAAUUACAAAUUAAACGAAUAAUAAUAAUUAGUAUGAAAGAAGAGAUAAAAAUUUUCAUUUUACUAAAAUCAUAAAUUUUCAAGUAUACGGAGCAAUUAUUGAAUAUUCCUUCUUCUACGUUAAAGAAAAUCCUAAAAUAAAUAAUGAUAACAACGAUAAAAUAAUAAUAGCAAUGAAAAAGUAUCGAUUUAUAAUAAAUAACAAAGUACAUCAAAUUCAAUAAUAAAAUUUAAAAAACCAGGUGUGAGAGUUUCUGAGAUUUCCAUAAAUAUUGUAAUACUUUGUACAAAAUAAUCGUUCUUUAACACACAUUUUGAAGGUCUAAAGCCGAAGAAGAUAGCUAAAAUAUCUUAGCUUGAAUAUUAUUAUAAAUGCAAUAAGAAAAAUACGCAUCCUUACAAAAAAUGUUGCAGUACAUUUCAAAUCUCCCAAUCGUUAUGCAUUGAUCCCAUUUAUUAACAGCAAAAUAUUAUUAAUAAAUAAGAAUAAUGUAAAAAUUGUUUCUUGAUUAAUAAAACAGAUAAAUAAAUGAAAUAAAUAUUAUUGAAACCGCUGGACGUGUAAGAAUUCUGAUAUUAAGAAAAAACAUUUUAGAAAUGCUAUAAUGGAAGCGCAAAAAGAAUUGAAUAAAAUGAUUAAUCAAUUAAUUGAGUAAAUUAUUGAAAAAUCGAUAAUCCAUAGUUACAAAAAAUACCAAAAAAACUUUAAAAAAAAUAUUUGCAUUGCAUCAAAAACAAAAUAAUUCAUUUUUUCAAAUGCGCCGAAAAAUAUUCAAUAAGAAAACUGCUGUUGCUCUAAUGUAUAUAGUUGUGUACGUUAGUUUAUCAUAUAUUAUAAAUAAGCGUAAUACAACGCGAUAUCGGGUUAUAAACAAUUAUUAACGGUAUACAAUCGAAUGAAUUAACCUACAAGUCCUGAAAAAAUAUGGACGUGUCUUUUCUCACGUUUACGAAUAGUCUAUGACAAAUCGUGAACAUCCUGUUGAAAAAUAAAUUCAUAAGUUAUACUUGGCACAAAAGAUUCGUUGAUGAAUAUCAUCGUUGACGAGUAUCUAACAUGUACAUUAGAUGUAUCGCCUAUAUACAACGGGUUUUUUUCUCGAACACGUUGUUUUUCGUUCAUUCGUAUAGGCAAAUGGGAAAUAGGAUAGGCGGGUAGAUAGGUAGAUAGGUAGGUAUGUAAUAAUGGCAUGAAGAAAUGCCGGGUCACUGAAAAGUCAAAAAAAUAAAAUUUACUAUCAUUUGUUACCAAUUAUUUUCAAUUGUAUACAAUUCUUUAAUGUAUUUUUAUCCAAAAUUAAAUAUAUAUUUACGAUAAUUUAAAUAAUCAAAUCCUACAUUAUACGAAAUUGCAUAAAUUUCGAAAAACAAUGAUUGAAUCAAUCAUUCUAUAAAUAAAUGAUUUAUAUUAUUAUAAAGAAAUAUAUUUAUUUAUGUAAAAAAAAAUAAUAAUGAAAAUGUAUGAUGUAAACGUACUCUGUGUCCUGGCAGUUCAUCUAAGCUUCAAGUUAUUGAUAAAGAUAAUGAUGAUAAUAUAAAAAAUAAACAAUGGUACUAUUAAGUAGAAGAUGAAAUGAAUAAAAAAAUAUAAUUAAUAAAAUGAUACAGAGAAGAUGAAAACGAUCAACAACAAAAAAAGAAAUAAAUAAAACUAAAACAGAAGACGAUUUUUUUCGUGCAUUAAAUGGAAGACUUUCUAUACGUUUUCCAUCGGUUGUUGUACGAUCGAAUGUUUCUAUAUGUAACGUGUAAAUUAUUUACCAUAAAUAGCUUACGAAUUAUCAGUAAUAUUUGUAAAAGGAGUAAGAGUAAGAAAGUCAAGUUGAGGUGGAAUAUUUCUAGUCAGAAACUAAAAAAUAAGAAUGAAAAAUGAAUAAACAUGAAAAAAUAAAGAAAAAAAACUAAAUUAACAAUUAUCGAUAUCAUCAACUCGGCUGGCUUGCGAUUUGAUCAUUAAUAAGAUAAUUCAAAAUGCAAGGAAUUUGUCAUGAAGUGUAAAUGAGAGCACCAAAGUAUUGAAUAUGGCUAAAAAAUGCUAUAUAUUUCAUCUACUACAAAGUAAUUUUGGCAUUUUAAUAAUAAGACUCAUUAUGUGUAAUUAGAAGAGUGAAAAAGAAAUACUUGUUUAUAUAGUU